AUGGAGGGAGAGGUGAUGAGCAUGUACCUGGCGGUUUCUGAACACGCCGUUAGUUCAGUGUUGGUCUGCGAAGAGGAAAAGGUGCAACUGGCUGUGUAUUACACCACCAAGCACCUUCUCGAUGCCGAGACAAGAUAUCCGCAUAUGGAAAAGCUCACUCUCGCGUUAGUAAUCACGUCGAGGAAAUUGUGCCACUACUUCCAGGCUCACAGUAUUCAGGGCUUGACAAAUCACCCCCUCCGGCAGGUAUUGCAAAAACCCGAUGCUUCUGGGAGACUUCUCAAAUGGUCCAUAGAACUUAGCCAGUUCAACAUCGACUACAAGCCGCGGGUGGCCAUUAAGGGCCAAGCCUUGGCCGACUUCUUUGCCGAGUUCACAGGAUUUCCAAAUGAAGCGGGGGCGGUUGAUGGACCCCCCCCCCCCCCCCCCCCCGGACCCCCUUCCCCCCCCCGUUGGAAGCUCUAUGUCGACGGGAGCUCAAAUGACAACGGCAGUGGCGCAGGGUUGGUGUUGCACACCCCAGAAAGCCACAAGAUAACCUCGGCCGUUAGAUUUGAGUUCUCAGCAUCCAACAACGAGGCAGAGUACGAGGUGUUGCUGGCAGGGCUCAGGUUGGCAGAGCACCUAAAAGUAGAGGCCAUAGACAUCUUCAGCGAUUCACAGUUAGUCGUGAACCAAGUGAAAGGCCAAUAUCAAACCAGAGAUGAGAAAAUGGCUGCCUAUCUCGAAAAGGUAAAAGAGGCCUUAGAGAAGCUCUCAGCCUAUGACAUACAACAAGUGCCAAUGGCAGAGAAUAGCAACGCCGACGCCCUUGCUAGAUUAGCCACCUCAAAAGACGCCGAGUUGCUCAGGCUAGUACCCGUGGAAGUUUUGAAAACUCCCUCCACGAAGGGGAAGCCUGAAGUCCUCUCCCUGAGCCACCAGUUGAGCUGGAACGACCCAAUUGUCAAAUAUUUGCUCAACGGUGAGCUCCAAGAGGACAAGCAAAUGGCAAAAAGGUUGAGGUACCAAGCAUCGAGAUACACCAUGCAUGACAAUGUCCUAUAUCGGAAGGGGUUCUCGACGCCCUUGUUCCGGUGUCUCGAUGACGAGGAAGCAAAAAAGUGCUCUCGGAGAUACACGAUGGGAUAUGUGAAAACCACGCAGGGGGGCAGUCCCUGGCUUAUAAGGUGCUGA